AUGCUUCUCGACAAGCGCUCUUUUCUCUCUUUCCUGGGCCUGGCGCCCAUCUUUGCUGCUGCGCAGCUCUCCGGUUCCGUGGGACCACUGACUUCCGCGUCCACCAAGGCAGCUACCAAGACUUGCAACGUUUUGGACUACGGUGCUGUGGCGGAUAAGUCUACUGAUUUGGGUGCGCCAUUGGCAUCUGCCUUUGCUGACUGCAAGUCUGGUGGUCUCGUCUAUGUCCCCUCUGGUGACUAUGCUCUCUCCACCUGGGCGAGAUUGAGCGGUGGUGAGGCAUGGGCUCUGCAGAUUGAUGGAAUUAUCUACCGUACUGGCACGGACAGCGGCAACAUGAUAUAUAUCGAGCACUCUAGCGACUUCGAACUUUUCAGUAGCACCUCCGAAGGUGCCAUGCAGGGUCUGGGCUACGAGCUCCAUGCUGAUGAUAACUGGAGCGGCCCUCGUCUGCUGCGUUUAUAUGAGGUUACAGACUUCUCGGUCCACGAUUUCAUCCUGGUUGACUCCCCCUCGUUCCACUUUUCUCUCGACACCUGCACCAAUGGCGAAAUUUACAACAUGGCAAUCCGCGGCGGUAACCACGGUGGUCUGGAUGGUAUUGAUGUUUGGAGUAACAAUAUCUGGGUCCAUGAUGUCGAGGUGACGAACAAGGACGAGUGUGUCACUGUCAAGAGUCCGUCGAAGAACAUCCUUAUUGAAAGCAUCUACUGCAACUGGAGUGGUGGCUGUGGUAUGGGUUCGUUUGGCUCUGAUACCAAUGUUAGCGACAUCACUUACCGCAACAUUUACACCUGGAGCUCGAACAACAUGAUGUUGAUUAAGAGCAACGGAGGUAGCGGCUUCGUCGAGAAUGUCCUCCUCGAGAACUUCAUUGGCCACGGCAACGCUUACUCCCUGGAUAUCGACAGCUACUGGGCCAGUAUGAGCGCAGUGGACGGCGAUGGUGUUCAGUUGAGCAACAUCACUGUCAAGAACUGGAAGGGAACCGAAGCUUACGGUGCUGAGCGUGGUCCUAUCAAGGUGAUCUGUGCCGAUGGUGCCCCUUGCUACGACAUUACCAUCGAGGACUUCGCCAUGUGGACCGAGGAGGGUGAUUCUCAGUGGUACUCUUGUGAGAGUGCCUAUGGCAGCGGAUUCUGCCUUCAGGACAGCGACGACCACGUCUCCUACUCGGCAACCACUUCCACGGUCGACUCCGCUCCCUCGGGCUACUCUGCCACCUCCAUGGCGGCCGAUCUGACUACUGACUUCGGCUCUACUGUUUCUAUCCCCAUCCCGACCAUCCCCACCUCUUUCUACCCGGGUGCCACUCCCUACAGUGCUCUGAUGGCCGACAGCGCUUCUACUGCCGCUGCUUCUUCCCUUGCCAGCCAUGCCACUGUCUCUAGCAGCGUCGUUUCCGUUGCUGCUUCUGUGCCCAGCGCUGUCGCCCCUAGCGAGAGCAUCCCCGCUGCCACUUCCGCCGUUGUUACGAGCGCUGCUGCCGUCGCCCCCAGCCCGGCUGUGGGUGCCCAGGAGGGAUCCACUACCUCCGCUCCCAGCUUUGCUGCCCCCAGCGGUGCUGGAAACUCUCCCCAGGGCCCCAGCGGAGCUUCUGGAUUCGGCCAGAAGGGCCAGCAGGGCGAGCAGAGUGGACAGGGUGAACAGGGCGAGCAGGGUGGACAGGAAGUCUGCUACGUGUAAAGCCGGACCUUCUAUAAUCCGGAUUAUGCUGAAGGCUGCGCAUCCCAUAGCUUGAUUCUUAGUGGAAGUUCAUGGUAGAGGGCAUUUUAGUACCUUAGCAUGUAGCUCAAUUCUCAACAGCUGCUGUGCAAGCUUUUUGUAACAUAGUGACUUUAAUUUUCUCCUCAAAUGAUGUUGCUUUAAGCCUUAUUGUAAACAUAUUGUCGCACUGCGUAUUUAAGUGGCCUGUGGCUAUCGUAAAGCCUCGCGAGUGUUCUGACCGGCCCUCAGACCCCUUGAACCCCGAGUUGCUGCGCAGGGCGGGUACCUGUUUCCGUACCUGAAGUCAAAGCUCAGCUUCCUCCUGUCGCGUUAUCACAACACAAUGAAACAUGGAUAUAUACACCAUCCAAAACUAAUAGUAUACUAACAAGGGCUGUGAAUCAGCAUCUCAUAUCAAUGGAUUCGAUGAGUUGUUAUCCAAAGUUGAGAAAUUCGGCGCGCG